AUUAAUUCCAAUAGAAAAAAACGUACCGACCCUAUUAUCGCCAUUUUGGGAAGCGAUUUGGGACCUUGGCAGUUAAUUGUUUGUCUAUGGAUAUUCUUGUCUAAAUUUCCCACCGGUUGGGUGCAAAUCUCCAUGGUUUUCAUGCAGACGCCCGUCAAAGCCACGUGCAAAGGUGGUAGCGGCACGAAUGCCACCGACGUCUGCGAAGCUCAUUGCGAUGGUUAUGAAUAUGAUCGUAGCAUUUUCAAACAGAAUAUUAUAAUGGAAUGGGAUUUGAUAUGCGAUCGUCAGUGGAUAGAACAGCUGUCGCAAUCUUUGGUAAUGGUCGGCAUUAUGUUGGGCAAUAUGAUUAUGGGCGUACUGGCUGAUAAAUGGGGACGUCGCCCCAUGUUUGUGGGCUCAUGUGUUCUGCAACUGGUGUCAGGUUGUUUGGUCUCGGCAUCUCCAUGGCUUUGGUUUUAUAUGCUGAUGCGGUUCUUGGAUGGCUAUGCAACAGGUGGCACGAUGACCACAGGCUUUACGAUCAUCAUGGAAAUCGUUGGCCCAAGUAAGCGUGAAAUAAUGGCCAUACUGUAUCAGAUACCAUUCAAUGUGGGUCACGCCACACUACCGCUAUUCGCUUACUUUCUACGAGAAUGGCGUUGGUUUCAUUUAUCAUUUUCAUCCUUCUCGAUUGUUUAUCUAGUUUUCUUUUUCACGGUACCAGAAUCGCCACGUUGGCUUAUUAUAACCGGUCGCAAUGAGCGGGCUGUCGGACUGCUCGAGAAAGCAGCGAAACGCAAUAAAAUGCCAACCGAGAAGAUAGCUCAAGAUAUAGAGGAGGCUCAACGCAUCUUAACAGCAUCUGCAACUACAACCAAGGGUAGUAUCGGUGAUCUAUUCAAACAUGCCUAUCUGUGCCAGAAGACGCUUGCCAUGGCUUUCAAUUGGUUGGUUGUAUGUUUUGUCUAUUAUGGCUUAUCACAGUUUAUGACUUCGCUGUCUGGGAAUAUAUUCCUCAAUAUUGCCGUGAGCGCACUUUUGGGUAUACCGGGAACCUGCUUGUGUGUACCAGCCACCAAAUAUAUGGGUCGCCGCCUUACACUGUUCUUAUCAAAUCUUCUCAGUGGCCUGUCACUUACGCUCUUGGCAUUUGUUCCUAGCUUCAGCGGUCCCGUUAAGGUGAUAUUGGCGUCGAUUGGUUUGUUUGGUGCUGCGAUCACAUUUCCGAAUGUAUAUUUAUAUGCCGGUGAACUAUUUCCAACUGUCGUGCGUCCUUCAGGCGUAGGAUUGUGCUCUUUUGUCGGCCGUUUCGGUUCGAUUGUUGCACCGUGGGUUGAAGGUUUAAAAAAAUAUUAUAUUUCUAUACCUCCGGCGAUUUUUGGCAUUUUCGCUUUCUUAGCUGCUGCCUCGGUUUUUCUUAUGCCCGAAACGAAAGGUUAUCCAUUGCCGGAAACAAUUGAAGAUGGUAACACUUUUGGUAGAAAUGUGCAGAAACCGCAAAAUCAAUAG